GUGUAAUCAGCCUCGUCUUCAUCCCGUCCCGACGGUGAUGCGCUGCUCCACAACCAUCAACGGAGCUGUAGCGCUGCGCCUGGCUGUCAAGCUGUCCUUUUCAUGGGUCAGAGCAUCCUUCUAGUCCGGUUUGACGAGAGAGCCUGAGACAGACCAGAUGCCAUAUCGAAUCUAAAGCAGUCCAGAAUCGUCUUCAGUGAUCUUUCUUCUGAGUAUUUAGGUUUUUAUUUGAUACAUUUUCUUAAUUUGGUGCGAUGGUCCGUGCCAGCAGUGAAAUGAAGGGCCGAUGUGUGCCGAGCGGCCAGACGCUCCGUCGGUACACCUAGCAGGUUUCUACAGGGCGUGCCGAUAGGUGUGGGUACUAGAGGUCAAAGGAGGAGCUGCCUUCAUCCCUGACCCCUGACCCCAGGCUAGGGAGGAAGACAGACGUCGUGAUGACCACACUACACAGGAGCAGGACAGCUGCCAAAUUAGUUUAAGUAUAAGGUCCUGAACCCUCCCUAGUCCCAGACAGAGAGACUGAACUGAGAGAGGUGGAAGCUGCCAGAACCAUGACUCACCUUCAAACAGGCCUGAGUCCUGACAGCCUGGAGAAGGCCCGUCUGGAGCUGAAUGAGAACCCGGACACGCUGCACCAGGACAUCCAGCAGGUCAGAGACAUGAUUGUCACCAGGCCAGACAUCGGCUUCCUCAGGACCGACGAUGACUUCAUUCUGCGCUUUCUGCGAGCCAGGAAGUUCAACCAGGCCGAGACGUUUCGCCUGCUGGCCCAGUACUUCCAGUUCCGGCAGCAGAACCUGGACAUGUUCCAGAGCUUCAAGGUGGACGACCCAGGGAUCAAGCGAGCCCUGAUGGACGGGUUUCCAGGAGUUCUGGAGACGCCUGACCAACACGGACGCAAGAUCCUCAUCCUGUUUGCCUCUAACUGGGACCAGGACAGGAACUCGUUCACAGAUAUCCUGCGGGCUAUCCUGCUGUCUCUGGAGGUGCUGAUAGAGAGCCCAGAGCUGCAGAUCAACGGCUUCAUCCUCAUCAUCGACUGGAGUAACUUCUCCUUCAAACAGGCCUCCAAGCUCACACCCAACAUCCUCAAACUGGCCAUCGAAGGCCUACAGGACAGCUUUCCUGCCCGCUUUGGAGGGAUCCACUUUGUGAACCAGCCGUGGUAUAUCCAUGCCAUGUACACCAUCAUUAAGCCCUUCCUCAAGGACAAGACCAGGAAACGAAUCUUUCUCCAUGGUAACAACCUGAACACUCUGCACCAGAUCCUGCAGCCAGACUGCCUGCCAUCAGAGUUUGGUGGGACACUUCCUCCCUAUGACAUGGGCAUCUGGGCACGCUCGCUACUGGGGCCAGACUACCAUGAUGAGACCGAGUACACCCUCACCUACGAUGCAUUGCAUGUCCGAGAGAACUACCCUGGAGGAGGAGAGAAGGAGCAGAUGAAGAGGUCCCAGUCUGCUGUGGAGCCAGGGACAGUAAGACAACAGGACAGAGACAACACUGCACAGCCUCUUCUGGCCCUGGACUGAUAUGUAUCACACACACAAUAACAAAGCUGGAAUAUCACACGCUAUCACACACACACUCCACACAUCUCAGCCUGGACUGUUCAGACCUUUGCCAGGUGACUAUCUGGACUAUCUAGAGGACCUAAAUAGUGUUCAUGAGCUGAUGUAUCUCCUCUUCACACAUCUCUCUCACCCACACACACACAAUAUCACACACUCCUCACCCCCCCACUCUCACACACAUACUCCUAUCUUUCUUUCUCUCAAUCACACACACUCCUUACCCCCUUCUCUCAUACACUGCUCACCCCUUUCCAUCUCUCACACACUCACUCCUCUCCCUGUCUCACAUUUAAUCAUUUAGGAGACGCUCUUAUCCAGAGUCUCACACACUCCUCUUCCUGUCACACACACACCCUCCUCACCCCUCUCCCUGUCUCACACACUCCUCUUCCUGUCACACACACACACCUCACCCCGUCUCACACACACACACACACUUCUUUUCACUUAACCCCCUCCUCAGCCAUCAGAUACCAGCUGUUCAGAUUUACAUGAUGCCGAUAACGUAGAAUGAUGAAACAUGUCUGUCUUACUACUACUGUAUGAUGAAUAUAAUUAUUACUGUCACUAGGAAAACAGAGUUCUUAUGUUGUAAUGUUCCAGAGCCCUGCAGCAGAAUGCCAAAUUCUACAGCCACUCCUGUAGGCUGGGUUGCUGUUUUUAUGAACGUAAUUUAUUUGAAGAUUGUAUAUUCUCCAUCAGGGCUACUCCACAGACCAAUGACCUCCAUCCUACAGCAAUGGAUUUGAUUCCACUUUAAAAGAAUGUAUAG